AUGGCACGGUAUCUUCUCCCUUCCUCCUCCACCACCGCCGCCUCCUCGCUCCCGAGGAAUGCCAGGGCCUCGCCGGCGCCGAUCCUCGCCCUCCGCGCGCUCGCCUCCAGGUCCAAGCACGCGCGAUCUCUCAUGGCGGUGGCGUCGGACCAGCCCGCCGCACCCAGCAAGUACCCGAAGAUGGCCGCUCCCACCACCGGCCCGGUUCCCGCCGACGAGCUGCUCGGCGUCAUCAAGGCCGCCGCCAAGGCAGGCGCCGAGGUUGUGAUGGAAGCUGUUAAUAAGCCGCGUAAUAUCCAAUACAAAGGGGUUGCAGACUUGGUGACAGACACAGAUAAGCUGAGUGAAUCAGUCAUUCUUGAAGUCGUCACCAAGAAUUUCAAAGACCACCUCAUACUUGGGGAGGAAGGUGGCCUUAUUGGAGAUUCUUUGUCAGAGUAUCUCUGGUGCAUUGAUCCUUUAGAUGGAACAACAAACUUUGCACAUGGUUACCCCAGCUUUUCUGUAUCCAUUGGCGUUCUAUUCCGAGGCAAGCCUGCUGCUGCCACUGUGGUGGAAUUUUGUGGUGGGCCUAUGUGCUGGAACACUCGUACAAUUUCUGCAUCUUCUGGAAAAGGUGCUUAUUGUAAUGGGCAAAAGAUUCAUGUCAGUCCAACAGAAAAGGUGGAACAAUCUCUUCUGGUUACUGGGUUUGGAUAUGAACAUGAUGAUGCAUGGCUGACCAAUAUAAAUUUGUUCAAGGAAUUUACUGAUGUUAGCAGGGGAGUACGAAGGCUAGGCUCUGCUGCUGCUGAUAUGUCCCAUGUUGGUCUAGGCAUUACCGAAGCCUACUGGGAAUAUCGGCUUAAGCCGUGGGACAUGGCUGCUGGUGUUCUGAUAGUUGAAGAAGCUGGCGGGGUAGUGACACGCAUGGAUGGUGGAGAGUUUACAGUCUUUGAUCGUUCUGUUCUUGUUUCCAAUGGCACUGUUCAUGAUCAGCUUUUGGAGCGGAUCCGGCCUGCUACUGAAGACCUUAAGAAGAAAGGAAUUGAUUUCUCCAGGUGGUUCAAGCCUGACAAUACAUUUCAAGGCCCUCCGACCAAACGGAUCGAAAAUUAA